UUAUACACCGGGUUUUGUAAAGAUUGAGAAUUUUAGCUUUUUUACUUAGUAGUAUUGCACUAGCGGAUCCCUAAUUUGUAGCAGUAGAAGUUUUUUAUAGUUGAUGUUACAUGAUCUGGUUUUCGGAGAAGAUCAUGUCGAAUGACUCGAGAUUAUAUAUUGUAGACACCACACAUUCCUUGUGGUUUAGCUACAGUUUUUCAGAUUUUUAAAGUUACUGGUUAACAGUAGCACCUUUAAAAGCAGGCUCUCACUGUGGUUUUGAUACUAAUACAGCUAUCGAAAUGCGUGGAGGACGGCGUUCUUUCGUGAAGGAGGAAAUCGAAGUUGUUCAGUGUGCAGUUUGCAAGGAAGAAAUGUCAAGUCAUGACUUUACAGGUCACAAUAUUAAUUCCCACAACAUGCUCGCUUGGUUGGAAGGCACCAUGCCUCUGGACCUAGAUAAUGAAAAACUUAUUCUCAGUAUGCUUAACAAAGCACUUAAAAGUAAAAAGAGGAAAGUUCUCUGUUGUGAAAUCUGUGGAGAAGAAAAGAAGAGUGCAGUAGGAUUUAUCACUCACAAGCAAGUGUGUGGCAAAUCUGAAGAGGAAAAGGAGCAACUAAAGAUCAGUUGUGAAGUUUGUGGUAAAUCUAUAAUGCCUGUGAGCCUGAAGUCUCACAUGAUGAUUCAUCAACGUCAAAGCACAUCAGAUGAUUUUGAUCAAACCAUCGGGAGUCCCACAAGUACUUCUCCAAGUACGAGUCGAUCAGAACACAAUGGGAGAAAACCCAAAAGAGCCGCUGCUACUCGUGCCAAGUCUAGAAUGAUGGAUUUCUUGAGUGAUGAUGGAUAUUCAGUGCCCAAGAAAGUUCCAAAACAUCUGAACGAACCAAAGCAACUGUAUACAGAUAUGGAAACUCAUGGUUGGGAUUCAUCACCUAGACUUCUGCAAACAUGGAGAGGCUUCAUAAGUCUAACAGGCAGUAUAAUGUGUGUGUAUAGUGAUUGUCAAUACCGAGCAGACAGCAUUGAUUCAAUCAGAAAUCACUUAAGUGCAUGCGAGUACAUUCGGGAACAUAAUAUGAGGUUUCUGUGCAACGUGUGUUUAUUCCAACAUAACCAAGAGUCUGAAAUUCUUGAGCAUGUCCUGACUGAGCAUGAGUCGCAGGAGAGUUUUUUAAGUGAUGCACCCUCAUCGAGUGACAUAAAUUCAACUUCUGAAGCUGAAGUGGAAAGUGCACGACCUGCUGUUAAGCGUCAGAAUCGCUUAAGUAUUCGUCCAAAGCCACCUGGUCCACAACGUGCAUUUAACAAAAUGAGAUUCCUUCAGAACACUGUCACAUCAAUGGGAAAAGACCUGGAAAUUUAUAAUACUGCAUUGCAAUGGACUUUUGAUUUUCGUUUGGCAAGCUACUCUGAUAAGGUGUUCCCUGACUUGGUUCCAUCAAAGACAGAGUGGUCUCUUCUUCUUGAAAAUUUGGAGUUGUACGUGCCAAGGGCGACCAAAUCAAUUCCCAUACAAUUUCAGUCUACAUCUCAGGGCAUGUCUGGACUUCCCCACCAGUUUUCAAUAUUUGAAGGACAAGUCAUUGAUGGUGUUAGCACUUUCUUUACUGGUGGACCAGUCUGGGCGAUGGAGUGGUGUCCUAUACCAAUGCAUAUAUGUUUAUCGGAAAAUAGUCCUCCAUCAGAAUACCUUGCUGUUAGUACGCACCACAACAUGGAUGAUACUUUCUGUGUUCCAAAGUGUUAUUCAUUUCCUAAUAUUAUCCAAUUUUGGGAAUGUGGAAAUCUCUCAUCCAAGAGUGUUUUGCAACACCCCAAACUAGCACUGGCCCUAGCCCAUGAUUAUGGUACUAUAUGGAGUUUGGCAUGGUGUCCUAGCGGAGCUUAUGAUAUAAAUCCUGAGUCUUCUAAAGUGGCUACGCAAAGUUGGAAGAGAAUGGGUCUCCUUGCUGCAGGAUGUUCAAGUGGUGAUGUUCAAGUGUUUGCCAUACCAUUUCCUGAUGAAUUGGUUUGUCAUCAAAACCAAAGAGUUCUUCCUGUUUACAAGAGUAAGCCAUCUCUCACCUUGGUUACAAAUUUUACUGAACCAUCACAAUGUACACGAGUUACAUGGUAUCAGGGACGUGGCCAUGGGUUGAUAGCAGCAGGGUACUGCAACGGUAUGGUAGCUCUGUGGGAUCUUGAAACUCUCCCUCCACUGUUGUGGGAUGCUGAACACAGCACAUUAAAACCCUUUCAGUGUUUUCAGGCCCAUUUGACCGUAAUAUCAGCACUUUCAUUCAAUCCUGAAUAUGAUGGCCGUUUUUUUAUGACUGGUUCCCACGACCGGGGUGUAAAAUUCUGGGAUAUGGAGGAUCUAUCUGCACCCAUGACUCACCAUCGACGAGGAUACGUCACUGAUGGUGUUUGGCUCAACCUUUGGAUAUCAAGCAUUACCUCAUAUGACGAUGCAUUUCAGCAUGAACAUACUAACUCAACCUUGCAUCCUGUUCGAGACUAUGGAUAUAAACCAUAUCCUCUCUUAACUCAGAACUCAGUUGCUUGGUGUUUGUCAUAUAAUGAGUGGAUAAACGCUACAGCUCAAGGAUCUGAAGCAGGUGAAAUUGUUGUAACUUUUUCUAGCCAGCUUAUGAGAGGCUUAGAUAAUGAGAAAAGCUCAAUUGAUAAACGAAUUAUGGCCAGUUAUACUCAGUUAAAAAAGCUGAUUUCUGGAAACUCCAGUACCAAACAGCUUGGAGAAGUGGUUACAUGGAAGCCAGAACCGAAGAAUAAUAAAAACAAAGGGAAGAAAACAGCUAAGAAUGCAAAAGGUAAAGGGAAGCGUCAUGCCCAAGAUGCAGAAGGUGAAGAGACAAUUGCAGCAUCUUUAUAUACUCCUGAGGCAAUUUUAAUGGAACGUAAUCCACAGUAUUAUGCUGACAUUGAGAAAAACUAUGGCCUAUGUGUUUGUGAUGUAGUUAAGGGUGACAGUAACAAACAUAAACUGCCAGAAGAGGCAAAGUCACGAGUCCGCUUAUCUGGUAAAAUGCAUCCAACAUGUUCAGAUUUUUAUCCUAUAACUUCGAUCAACAAAGUAGUCUGGAACCCAAACAUUGGAAGGUUCUUCUGGUUGGCUACAGGUCAUCAAAGUGGUAUCAUUCGAAUCAUUGGUAUGCACUUCAUGCAAAAUGAAACUUUAAACGAGUUCCUUAUUCAGGCAUCUGAAACUCUUAGGUAAAUAUUUC